AUGGUGCUACCCUUGACACUGGCGUGCUGGGACUACGACAGGGUGAAGGCGUUGGAGGAUGGAAGGGUACGGCCAGAGGGUAUCGCGCUCACCUUCCUCAACUACCGUGUGGAAGAGACAUUCUUUAGACAACUUCGUUUCCAGGAGUUUGAUGUCUCAGAGCUCUCGCUCUCGUCCUAUGUCUUGACCUUGAAUCAAGAUAAUCCACCUUUUAUUGCCUUGCCGAUUUUUCCCUCGAGGUUCUUUAGACAUCAAUCAAUGUACAUCAACACCAAUGCCGGUAUCAAGAAGCCAGCAGAUCUUAAAGGAAAGCGAAUUGGGAUACCGGAAUAUCAAAUGACGGCCGCAGUCUGGCAACGCGGGAUCAUGGCAGAAGAGUUCGGAGUCCCCAUCACCGAAGUUCAUUUUGUCACCGGCGCCAUUGAGCCCUCAGUCAACGAACGAAAGAGCAAAGUGCCUCACUCCUUGCCGCCAGGCGUGAAAGUGGAGUCCAUCAAACCGGGUCAAAACUUGUCGCAGAUGCUUGAAGACGGCGAGAUCGAUGCCAUUUUCAGCGCAUCAAAGCCCUCUAGCGUUGAUCGCUGCUCCCAUUGCACCUAUCUAUUCGAAGAUUUCAAGACCGCGGAAGCAGAUUACUAUAAACGGACGAAAAUCUUCCCCAUCAUGCAUGUCAUCGCAAUUAAGCGGGCCAUUUACGACGCCAACCCCUGGAUAGCGCGAACGCUCCAGAAAGCCUUUGCCAAAUCAUUGGACAUGGCCAAGGAAGCCUUGGAAGAGAGAUCUGCACUGCGUUAUAUGCUGCCGUUCCUCGAAGACCACAUGAGGGAAACCAAGCGCAUCAUGGGCGAAGAAGGCUGGAGGGAUGGCUUUCAUGAGAACAAGCACGUCAUCGAGAAGUUCUUACAAUAUUCCUAUGAUCAGGGGCUGGCUGCUGGGCUUUACAAGGCUGAAGACUUGUUUGCUCCCAACACUCUCGAACAGUUCGUGCUGUGA